CAACAUACUCCCUUCAUCCCGGAAAAAUUGUCUCCGUGGCCAUUUUACUAAAACACCCCCACCUAAUUCCCGUCGCAACCUGCAGUCCUCGUCUUCUCCGGUCGACAGUCCGCCGCUCAGACACAGACGCAUGGACGCCGGAGAUCCCCUGCACCGUGCUACUCCCCUGCUCUCCCGCGCGUCCUCCGCCGCCGCCGCAGCUGCCUCCUCCGCCGCUCCCUUCUGCCUCGCGCAGCUCCCCUGACUCCCUUGCCUGCCUCGCGAAUCUUCCCUCUUUCACCCAAAAAAUUGUUUCUUCUUCCUCCCGCCGCGUCUCCUGCUGGCGGCCACCCCCUCCCUCCUAGCGUUGAUGGAAGAAGCAUGGCUGGCCCUCGGCCCGACGGCCGGCGACGCGACCUUCCCACCCCCGCCCCGGCCCCCAUGGCGUGGGGCGCGGCCGCGACGACGCAGCGGGGGACGGUGGCCAACAAAUCGUCUGCGCAGGCGGUGAGACGAAUCGUGUCCAGCUGCGCCAACUCGAGCGGCCUGGCCGUGGCCGUCGUCGACGCCAACGCUGUCAUCUCGGGCGGCGCCACGCUCUCCUCAACUGCGGGCCGGCUGGUCACGGUGCUCGAGGAGGUGUGCGACGCCGCGCGCCGGAGGCUCGCGUUCCUGCCCACCCCCGUCGAGACCGUCGAGCCAGCCCCUGAGUUCGUCAAGAGAGUAGGGCCAGCUUGAACCGUUUGCACCAGGAAGAAGACCGGCCCAAUGUUGAUGAAGGGAGGCAGCCAACAGGAUGCCCUGCAAAUCAAUUUUGAGCAAGGGACUAGGCCAGGAAUUAAAAAGCAAACAAAAGCAGGGGCCAGGAGUACAUCUCAACUUUCACUGUAUUUCUUGUUGACAACUAGUACAGGUACACAUUCUGAAUAUUGAAAUUAUCUUUUGUUAGUUACUAGGAUAGUGGUUCAUCUUGCUUGUCUAAUCUAUGGAGGAGACCUAGGGCAUCAACCUCCCCAACUUGAAUUUGUAGAUGCUCAAUUUAGAUGUUUUUGUCCUAACAAACAAGUAAACUUCUACAACUCUAGUGUUGUUGUGGUAAACUACUGUAGUUGAUCUGUAUCUUCCUGCUGUUGUUGUUCCAACCAUAAGGCUGGAUCAUCACGUGUAAACUACUACACUGAUAAGUCCCGCACCUUAAUUACUCGAAGAAGGUAACAACUUGUGUCAUUACUCAAAAUAAAAUGAUGAUCUACUAGUCUUAAUAAUGCUUAGAACCUUGCGGUCUUGCAUCAUGUUCAGAAUAAAAAUUCGAACCUUACAGUCAAAACUGAAUGUUGACAGUAGUAGUAAGACUAGAAGAAGAAUUCCAAAUAAACUCAAAUAAAUUCAAAUAAAGACCU